AUGAGUGACCCCCUCUCGAUCGCAGCUGGCAUCGCUGGAUUCCUCUCGCUUGGGAUCCAGGUGACGCAAACCUUAGUGGAUUUCUAUUCGGUCUACAGAAGCCAAGACACUGAUAUUGCAAAAAUUACUCAAAAUAUGGAGAACCUUCAAAGCAUCUUUCGAUCCCUAGAGACUGCGAUCCACCAACGUCAAUCUCAGACUAACGCAGAAGAGCUACUUCAAGAAGUCGAUAAGGCUACACAGAGAUGCCACGAGAUCAUUCGAGAGCUCCAGUCUGAGUGCCAGAAACUCCAAACCGACCAGAAACUCCAAACCGAAUCGAGUACGAGCUUAAAGGUCCGUUUUCAAGCUGCUGGACGCCGCGGACGCCGCGUCACUUAUCCGUUCCGAAAAAGCACAAUACAGAAAAUCGAAGAAGAUGUUGGCGCGAUACGCGAAAACUUGCUAUUCGCACUCAGCGUACUACAAUUCAAAAGUCACAAUCAGAUUGAAGAUGAUGUAUUGGCAGUUCGAUCUCUUCUCGAGCGGACUAAUUCAAGCCAAAUUUCUUUCGUUAUUCCACCACCCAAGAACUGGACAAUGGUUGCGCAAGUCGGUCCUCUGUUCAGCUAUAAUACAACAUACAUUUCUGAUGAAUCAAAGCGAGAUGCUCACGGGAUGUUACUCGACGCUCACGCGGUAGAACUCGGCGAAUCACCGUAUUUCGAUCGUGAGGGCCGAUGCUAUGAGCAAGAUGAUCUUGUUGAUAUAUGUCUUGGACUCAUCGAGAUCGUGGAAACUGACGAUGACAAUGACCAUGGAAUAAUAACCUCGACAGUUCGCAUCGCUCAUUUUUCCAUCCAAGAGUAUCUUCAAUCAGACCGUAUCCGCCAGCAGAAAGCGAAAAUAUUCGCCAUUGAUAGUGGAGCUGCAAAUGCAGAAAUGGCCCAAAUCUGCCUCGUAUAUCUUUUGAACCCGACGCUAUCAGAUGGCGUUCUGGAUGAUGUAAAACUUCGACACUUCCCACUAGCUCAUUUCGCUGCUCUACAUUGGUAUCACUAUUAUCAAGUAUCAGAAGAAAGGUUGAAAGCUGAAAAAAUGGUAUCAAGGAUUUUUCAGAACGAGAACAAUUCCUUCGUGACCUGGGUCAGGUUACAUGAGAUUGACCAUCCAUAUUCAUGGAACAUGGAUCUCAAUGUUGAAAGAAGCGUGGACAACAUAGCAUCGCCUGUAUAUUACGCAUCCUUUUUGGGACUAGAGAUCACCUUGAGGGGUAUUCUCGGGAUUUAUGGGGAGUCUACUGGUUUAUCAGACAUAGUUAAUUCCCAGGGUGGAUACUAUGGCAAUCCACUUCAAGCAGCAUCAUAUGGAGGUCACAGCCAGGUAGUCCAAAUACUGCUGGAUGAAGGUGCCGACGUGAACGCCCAAGGUGGACUCUUUGGCAAUGCACUUCAAGCAGCAUCAUCUAAGGGCGACAGCCAGGUGGUCCAAAUGCUACUAGAUCGAGGCGCCGAUGUGAACGCCCAGGGUGGAGAGUAUGGCAAUGCACUUCAAGCAGCAUCAUUAAAGGUCGACAGCCAGGUGGUCCAAAUGCUACUAGAUCGAGGCGCCGAUGUGAACGCCCAAGGUGGACUCUUUGGCAAUGCACUUCAAGCAGCAUCAUCUAGGGGUCACAGCCAGGUAGUCCAAAUACUGCUGGAUGAAGGUGCCGACGCGAACGCCCAAGGUGGACUCUUUGGCAAUGCACUUCAAGCAGCAUCAUUUAAGGGCGACUGCCAGGUGGUCCAAAUAUUGCUAGAUCAAGGCGCCGAUUUGAACGCCCAGGGUGGAAAGUGUGGCAAUGCACUUCAAGCAUCAUCAUUUAAGGGCAACAGCCAGGUGGUCCAGAUGCUGCUAGAUCAAGGCGCCGUUUUGAACGCCCAAGGUGGACUCUUUGGCAAUGCACUUCAAGCAGCAUCAUCUAGGGGUCACAGCCAGGUAGUCCAAAUGCUGCUAGAUCAAGGUGCCGACGUGAACGCCCAAGGUGGAAACUAUGGCAACGCACUUCACGCAGCAUCUAUUGGGGGCUACAGCCAGGUAGUCCAAAUGCUGCUGGAUCGAGGUGCCGAUGUGAACGCCCAAGGUGGACUCUUUGGCAAUGCACUUCAAGCAGCAUCAUCUAGGGGUGACAGCCAGGUGGUCCAAAUGCUGCUGGAUGAAGGUGCCGUUUUGAACGCCCAAGGUGGACUCUUUGGCAAUGCACUUCAAGCAGCAUCAAGUGGGGGCCACAACCAGGUAGUCCAAAUGCUGCUAGAUCAAGGUGCCGACGUGAACGCCCAAGGUGGAAACUAUGGCAACGCACUUCACGCAGCAUCUAUUGGGGGCUACAGCCAGGUAGUCCAAAUGCUGCUGGAUCGAGGUGCCGAUGUGAACGCACAAUAUGGGUUAUGUGGCAAUGCACUUCAAGCAGCAUCAAGUGGGGCAGCAUCAAGUGGGGGCCACAACCAGGUGGUCCAAAUGCUGCUAAAUCAAAGUGCCAAUGUAGACGCCUAG